CAUCCCCGGAGCAUCCCCGGGAUCUCCCAGCGCUGGGAAUGCGCUGCCUGCAGCGUCCUUGGGUGAGCUGGGGACAGCACGGGCACCGAGGGGGUGACAGGGGGUGUCAGCGAGGGGGUGACACUCAGUGCUGGUGAAAUCAACCCCGUUCCUUAAGGACUUUCCAUUGCACGCCUCCGGGAUCGGCAGGAAAAUUCUUUCCCUGACAGCGCCCAGGACUCUGCUGUGCUGCCAGGGAGACCAGAGCACGCCCUGGGGAUGGGCUCGGCUCUCCCGGGCUGAGCCCAAGCCCUGCAGAGCUCUGGGGUGCCCCCUGCCCGCGGCUGCAGCUCGGAGGGACGCUGGGUUUUCCCAAGGACUGACUCAGACCGGGAGGGGAGCUCUGCUCUGUGCAGGGCACGCUGCUGCUGCUGCUGCAGCUCCCGGUGCUGCACAUCCCAAGGACUGCCCAGGUCAGGUAAUUGGGAGGCACUUGAAGUUUGACUCACCCACGACGAGUGCUUGAUCAGCCCUAAAACCAAACCAGGUCACCUCACCCCGCACGAGAAGCACUCACUGCUGCUGCUGCUGCUCGUGGUGGCCUGGUUUGGGCUGGAAAACAGCACUCUGGAGCUUGCACUGAGGGCUCUGGCCUCCCUCCAGGGAAACUUGCCAUUCCUGACAGCAGACUAUGCCACAGCCCGGCCAUGGCGGGGGCCGGCCAGGCUUGGGUGCUGCCCGUGCUGCUCUGCUGCCUGUGCCCAGGGGUGGGGGUUCAUCCCAGCAGGGACAGAGCGUGCCGAUCCCACCCAGCCUGGCUCCGGGCACUGCCAGGGACCCAGGAGCAGCCCCAGCUCCUCUGGACGCCGCGUGCCAGCGCCUGCCCGCCGUGCCAGCAACAACUCCUCCCCGGCACCACUCGUGCCCCGCUUUCACCAGCAUCCCACGGGGCUGAAGGUGCUGCGAGCCUCAAGUGCAAGGGCCGCGUGUGGGUGGAGCCCGCGCCCGUGGUGCGGCUGGGCUCGGACAUCGCCAUCGGCUGCCGCUCCCGGCUGCGCUGCCCCUCGCCGCAGCUCCUCAUCCUCCUCAACUACAGCCGCGCCCCGGGGACGCCACUGGCCCUGCCCGGCGGCGCCGUGCGGCUCCGGCUGCGCCGCUUCCAGAUGCCCCUGGCCACCGUCACCUGCUUCUCCCGCUGCCCCCACAGCGACAGCCUGGUGUGCGGCACGGAGCUGCGGGCGGGCUACCCCCCGGACCCUCCCGGCAACCUGAGCUGCGCCAUCGCCGAGGGCUCGGAGCGGCUGCAGUGCGCCUGGCAGCCGGGACGGGUCACGCACCUGCCCACCCGGCACAGCCUCCACCUGCGCAGGGUGGUGGCACGGGAUGAGGAGGAUGAGGAAGAAAAGACCUUCCCUGCAGACUCACCUGUGCUGCUGAGGGAGCUGCACAACGACAGCCACUACUCGCUGUGGGUGCAGGCCAGCAACGCGCUGGGCACUGCCCGCUCGGCCCCGCUGCACCUCAGCCUGCAGGAGCUGGUGGUGCCCGCUCUGCCCGUGCCCGUCGGGGCUGAGACCACGGACACGUCCCCAGCCAUCACCACCACCCACUGGAGCAGCCAGACCCGGCUGAGGAGCGUGCACUGCGAGGAGAGGCGCAGGCCCACGGGCACCCCCGCCUGGCACGUGGAGCUGUGCGACAAGGUGCCACGGGAGGGUCCCCGCUGGCAGCACGAGCUGCAGAGCGACACCGAGUUCGUGUUCCAGGCCAGGUGCCGGCUCGGCACCGCCCGCAGCCCCUGGAGCGCCUGGAGCCCCCCGCUCCUGUACCGCACCCCCGAGGCAGCCCCCGCCGCCGCUCCCGCCGUGUGGCGGCGCCUGGGCCGGGCGCUGCCCGACGGCAGCCGCGAGGUGACGGUCCUGAUCAAGCCGCUGGCCCCGCGGGAUGCCCGCGGGCGGAUCCUGGGCUACGCCGUGAGCGCCGGGAGCGCGGCGGGAGCGCGGCCGCUGUGCCGCACCGCCGGCACCGAGUGCGCCGUGCUGGUGCCGCCCGGAGCCCGCAGCCUCCUCGUCACCGCCCGCAACGCCAAAGGGACCUCCAGCCCCGCCAGCAUCCCCCUGAACCCCGCUGCGGAGCAGGAAGCAUUCCCAGCCCCAGAGGCCGUGGAGGUGAAGGCGGAGCAGCAGAGCAGGCUGCUGGUCCAGUGGCAGCCCCCCGCGGCCAGCCCGAGCCCCCUGCUCUGGUUCAUCCUGGAGUGGGUGUCCAGCCCCCAGCACGGCCAGCAGGAGCAGUUCUGCUGGGAGAGAAUCCCGCACGGGGAAACGCACGCCUACAUCCAAGGGCCAGCGGCGCUCCCGAGCGUGCGGCUGUUCGCGGUGUACCCCGGCGGGAGCAGCGCGCCCCGGCCCGGCACAGCCCCUGCAGAGGAGCCGCUCCUGGGCAGCGCCCACAGCCCGACGUCCCAGGAUGAUGACAUCCGAGUUCUCCUGGGACUGAGCCUCAGCGUGCUCGGAUCAUCCGUUCUCUUUGCAAUUGUGAUGUUUAAAAAAUCAGUCAGGAAAAGGGUAAAGGCCACCCUUGUGUCCCUGCUGCCCAAGUGGCUCUUUGAGGACUUUCCCCGCAUGGAGAACAGCAGCGUGGUGAAGUCACUCCAGGACAAGGCGGAUUUCCCCAGCUCCAGCCUCCAGGAGCCCUUCCUGGCCCCCGCUGACCCCGCGGUCACGGAUGUCCAGGAGGUGCCGGCGCAGGAGCGGCCCCAGAGCGUGGACACGGAGGUGCCCGAGCCCAGGGAGGUCCCAGGGGCCGUGGUGGCCCCCAGCAGCGUGUCCCCAGGGCAGCUGGGUGCCUACAAGCCGCAGCUCUCCGUCGGGAACGCUUUGGGGUACGUCGCUGCUGGGAUCCCGCAGGCGCAGCCACCCGCGGCAGAGGCGGGGAUGUCCUGCCUGGACUACAGCAGCCCCGUCCCCCAGCUGUGGGAGCAGCAGGGAGGGACACCCCAGCUGUGCCUGCUGGACAAGAUCAACCUGGUGCUCAACAGCAGCCUGGAAUUCCCGGGGCGGGCGGGACCCGGACCCGGCCCGGAGCAGCGCUGGGAGCCGCCCGGCGACGGCCCCGAGCAGAUGCUGGUCCCCGAGGAGCUGCUGUCCUGCCUGAGAGCCACCAACGGGGACCCUGCCGCCCUCAGAGCGUGGCAGGGCUGCUCUGGGAGCAGCUGGGACUGGGGAUAAAGCCCUGGAGCCGCGACCAAGGCGGUGUCAGCGCCGGGACUGCCGAAGGGAGAGCCAGAGCAAAACUCCCAGCUGGAAUAUUGCUGUCUUACUCCGCUGCAGGGUCUUGGGGCUGCCUGGGAGUCUUGGGCCAGCAAAUCCCAGUUUUAACCUUACCUCACACUGGCAGGAGCAAAAAACCCAUAAAGCUUGGAUUCCUGGGAUGCCAAGCAGGAGAUUCCUGCAGGAUGAAAUAUCAUCAAUCACUGCUCAGCAUCAUCCUCUCCUUAAGGGUUUGGAGCACUUCAUUCCCAAGAGUUUGGAGCACUUCAUUCCCAAGAGUUUGGAGCACUUCAU